GAUUGGGGUCAUCGGGACAAGAGCCAUCUGUCGCCAAACGAAUUACGUUAGGGGAGAGACAUCGUGUGCGCAUGUCGAAUAAGCAUCACGUGCAAGCAGCGCGGGGGCACAGCCACUCUGCAUGAGCAUUAUUCAGCGGGGGAUGAAAUAUGGUAUUGGCUCCGCAAUCGCUUGCUAGACCUAUGAUUCGGGUAAGGUUUAUCAAUCCACAUAUGGGAGGCUCUCUCGCCGCCGUAAGUGGUUGCCUGAAUGCCUUCGUCGCUGUCCUCGCUACACUUCUCCUCCCCCUUUUCGCAUCGUCCCUAUUGCUUCCCCAUGAAUACGCCAUGGAAGGGCCACGCAGAAAGUUCAGCAAGCCGCCAGUCAAGGUGGCUUGCCUAGCCUGUCGAGCUUCCCGGGUUCGUUGCGAUGGCAGGCAAGAGUGCAAGAACUGCCUCGACAGAGGCAAAGAAUGUCUCUACACAAAGAGUAAGCGCGGUGGUGCUCGCCCACAUCGAACAACCGCCGAAUCCGCCGCAUCGUCGAGCUUGGGGGACAGCCCUAUUCUCCCCCUGGAUGCUAAUCCAUUCAAUUUUGAAGAAGGCCUCUAUUACCCCAAUACCUUCCAAACCGAUGGCGCCGGACUUGACAUCAUCGAUGGAUUGGUGGGUCAAGGGGUAAUAUCACCAGAUGGCAGGUUUUUGGGCAUGGAUAUGGGCUUUGACAUGAACACGAUAUCGCCAGCCUCACAGUCAAGCAAUGUCAGCAAAUUUGACGACCUCUUUGGUAGUCAAGCACUUUUCACAGACCCAAGUUCGUUUACUCCGGAGAGCUUCGAUCAACCUGCAACGUCGAAAGGAAAAGAGCCAGAAAAAUCCACGAAUACGGCCAGCGUGUCUACGGCGGAUAUGUACCAAGCGAUAUCGAACCUGGGGCAACCAAAAAAACCUCUGCCAGGAACUCGACACUACGGAAGCGAUGCCGCCAUCUUGAAUGCAUAUUACAUCCACAUCCACGCAGUCUUUCCCAUUCUGCCUCCACCAGUCUGGCAAAUCGUAGCCGAUAAUCCACUCUCCGCAGCCGAGAGCCUCAAAUCUGAUUAUAGACCCUACUCCCCGAUCUGCCUCGCCCUCUCCGCUAUCCUCACCCUUAUCCCACUCUCGCCCGGCCCAGCCUCCGCAUCCUCCGAAGCAAAAACCGCGCGGAGGAACCAAGCUCACCACUACGCGACCUCAUGUCUAAACAGCAUCGACGUCGAAACCGAGCUCAUCGAAUCCAUGAUCUCGCCGCAAGAUGCGCUGCAGAAACACUUCGUUGAGCAUGAGAGGGCGCAGUUUCAUCCUCGGGUCCCGUUGAGCCUUGAGAGUAUCCUUGCGUUGCUGGUUUUGACGGUUUAUGAGUAUGCACAACGGGGGAAUAUGACGAAGAUGAGGACGAGAGCUGGGCAGGCGCUGGUUAUGGCGCUAGAUAUGGGGAUUUGUGAUGAGGAAGAUGAGAGUGAACGAUAUGCUGAGGCGAGAAGGCGGGCGUGGUGGAUGACGUAUGCUUGUGUAUGUCAUGGUGCGAUCGUUAAAAACGCUCCCCUGAAAUCCGUGGCUAUGGAUCUUUACGACUCGCGAUUCCAGAUUGGGUACCCAGUUGUUGCUGCUGAUCCAAGUGUCUUCGAAUUCUUCAUCAAAGCCCAGCAAGCCAUCAUUGUAGCAAACCAGUUCACCAAUGAUCUGAAAGCCUGUCUAGAAGACAACAUACCUCUGUCCGAAAAGAACAUCUAUCAGUGGCAAUCUGAACUCGAGACCCUUUUUGAGGCACUGUGCAACGAAGCGGACCUAUAUUCGGAAACUAAUCCCUCUAACUUACUGGCUGAUGCAGAUGAAGCCGUUGUUGGGAAAGCUAUGAGGGCAAUCAGUCGAAUCAGACUGAACAGUGCAAGGAUCAAAAUCCACCGCUACACAGCAUUCAUGAACAUCCCAAUCUUCUCGCAGAAACAUUGCGAUCUUCCCACCAGUCCAGUGCCGCCGAAGAAGCGAGAAAGUGUCAUAGGCACACUCGACUGCUGCGACACACCUCUGGAAUCUGCUUCCGCUUCCAAAAUAUCACCACCUCCAAACGAGCAUAUAUCCCAACUCGACUGCUGUUCAACCGACAUUGCAAUGAACUCAGCUCCCGGCAUCCCCCCACCGCAAGACGAUGCAGGAAUAGGAAUCCUCUCCUGCUGCACCCCCGAAGCCCCCGUGUUUUCUACAACCUCCAAAACCCCCUCACUAGACUCUUCCUCCGACCCCUCUGCACCCUUCACCCGCUCCCUCUCCACAAAAAUCUGCCGCACGGCGGCUCUAAACAUAGUCCACUCCUUCCACACCCUGCCCUAUCCCUCUCCGCUCGUCUCCCCUCCCUCUCCCAUCCCCCUCCCCCGCGCGAUGCCCGUCUUCGCCUGCUGCGCAAUGCAAUGCAGCUACGCUUUGCUCAUGCUCAGCCACAAAGCAUCGCGUAGUCAUGAGUAUAGCGAUGAUGAUAUUGUGCUGCAGGGGUAUAAGAGCCAUUUGCGGCAGGCGCUGGGGGUAGUUGUGGGGAGUCUCGAGAACUAUUCUGCGGCUUACGAGGCGCUGGAUGGGAUGAGAGUACAAAUACAGCAAUCGUUAGACUCGGAGAUGUUUUUGUGAGGAGGGCAGCGGAAAGGAUAUCCUCCUUAUUGUUUCGGAGUCUCGAACGGAGAAGUUUCGCGCAACAUGGUGUUACCCUUGGAGGCUCGGGGCAUCCAACCGUUUUUGUUUUCUUGGUCUGGCUUUUAUUUGAAGCGAAGUUUUCAUAGCAGUAGGCGUUAGGGUAACGGCGCAAGCCGAAAUAUUCGAUAUUGAUUUUUAGAUUAGAACUCCUGCAUUUGAGCGUUUGAUUUGAAAGAUGAUCCCAGGGUUUCGGGCCAGUAGUAGCAAUACUGAAGUAGAAACCGCUUACGUACAGAGUAGAGUAGAAUAAUUUGUAGUUGCAAGAGUAUUUGAGGUGUAGA